UUCAUUCACUUGAUUCAUUAUCAUUUCCUAUAAGGGCGUGGAAAAAGUGUGUUUUUUAAAUAAAAAUUUAAUAAACAUUGACAAUAAGGUGUAACAAAAAUAAAAAUAUAAAUUUUCAAUUGGUGUGAAUAAAUUUUUUCUAAUUAAUCAUGCAAGAUCCAAAUGAAGACACUGAGUGGAAUGAUAUUCUCAGACGGAAAGGAAUUAUUCCCGAGAAGAAGAAAGAUGCGGAAAUAACGGAGGAUCAAAUUGUGAAUAUUUUAGAAUCGACAAUAGAUCAAAAAACAGGACGUGAAAUCAAUAAUCUAGAGGAAAAAACGUUAGAUGAACUGGAUGAACUUGAGGAUGAGGAAGACGAAAGAGUUUUACAAGAAUAUCGACGUAAAAGAAUAGCAGAAAUGCAGGAAAUGGCCAACAAAUCAAAAUAUGGAGAAGUUAGAGAAAUUUCCGCUCAAGAUUAUGUUCAGGAAGUUAAUAAAGCUGGCGAAAAUAUAUGGGUCGUUUUGCACUUGUAUAAAGCAGGAAUUCCUCUUUGCACGUUAAUUAAUCAACAUUUGGCAUCAUUAGCAAGAAAAUUUCCAACGACGAAAUUUUUAAAAAGUAUUUCCACCACCUGCAUACCAAAUUGGCCCGACAGCAAUCUACCAACAAUAUUUAUUUACACAAAUGGAGACAUGACUAAACAAAUUAUUGGGCCAAUUGAAUUACGAGGAAUGAAAUUAACAGAAGAUGAAUUGGAAUGGAUGCUUGGAGAAGCAGAAGCUGUUCCGACAAAAAUAAAAACCGAUCCAAAACCAAAAGUUCGAGACGUUCUCUUCUCGAAGUUAAAUGAACAAAAUGAUGAUCUUGCUGAUACGAAUGAUUGGUGAUGCUUUCGUUUUGUUUUCAAAUGGAAACAGAAGGUCUUCGAUUUAUUUAUGCACGUCAUUUGAAGAAAAAUUAUUUUUUUAAGUAAUUUUUUGCAUAGUUGAGAUGACAUUAAAUUUUAUUAACACUAUUAUAGCACGAGAUUUGUUGAAUUAUAAAUUUAAGUUUACAAUUAUGCUCAUCCAAAGCAAUUUUAUUUCAAGUUUAUAAUUAUUUAUUUUAAUGGGAUUUAUAUGUAUCUAUUAACAAUUAUAAUAACUGUAAAGAAAUAUUUUUAAAAAAUGCGUGGAAAAAAAUACUUGUUAAAAGUGUGAAAGCAUUUAAUUUUAACAUUUUUCUAUGAAAAAUAUCAAUAAAAGUUUUUAGCACUUUACAAAA